GAAAGCUUCAAUCACACGAAACACUCUAAACUCCAAGCCCUAGUACGUUGCCAAGCCCGUUCGUGAACGUCUCGGCAGAGGACGAUGGCGUAAUGACAUUCAUUGGUGCUAAUGCCGUUCUAGCUCUUCAGGAUGUCUACUGCACCUCUACGCCUUGGAAGCACUGCUCCCAACUUUGAUGCUGAUACGACCAAGGGAAAGAUCAAUUUCCACGAGUUCAUCGGCGACAACUGGGUCAUCUUGUUCUCUCACCCUGAGGACUUCACUCCUGUCUGCACUACAGAGCUCGGCGCGUUCGCCAAACUCGAGCCAGAAUUUACCAAGCGCGGUGCGAAGCUCAUUGGCCUCUCAGCCAACACAAUCGACAGCCAUGGCAAGUGGAUUGCAGACAUUGACGAGAUCUCUGGUUCAAGCCUGAGCUUCCCUAUCAUCGGCGACAAGGAGCGCCAGGUUGCACUCGCCUACGACAUGAUUGACCACCAAGAUGCCACCAACGUCGAUUCCAAGGGAAUUGCCUUCACUAUACGCUCGGUCUUCUUCAUCGACCCCAAGAAGACCAUCCGAACCAUCCUCUCCUACCCUGCCUCUACCGGUCGCAACACUGCUGAGGUUCUCCGCAUUCUCGAUUCUCUGCAGACUGGUGACAAAAACCGCAUCACCACUCCCAUCAACUGGGUCCCUGGUGACGAUGUGAUUGUGCACCCCUCGGUUAAGAAUGACGAGGCCAAGACCCUUUUCCCCAACUUCCGCAUUGUGAAGCCAUACCUACGAUUCACUCCUCUCCCCAAAGAGAAGACCAGCGCCGCAUAAAUCAGACGAUGUUGACAUGAUACCACGGAGGAGGAAUAAAAUGGACUGGUCGAUGAUGCGACAAAUUCAACCCUGGGCAAAAUUUCAAUAGCCUAGUGGAUUAGUAAUUGAUGAAUACUUCAAACUUUGUGUCCAACUUUGCAUGGUGAUGAGCACGAGUGAGGUCCCGAGCACUAGAUAAAAAUAACGCGCGGCACUAUGGGCGACAGGCCUGUGGUAUUAUUAUUAUUGGACAGUGAGCACAAAUGGAAUAUUAAAUGCCGGAGGUGACACGAU